AUGAUCUAUGUGUUUAUUCUCUUGCAGGUUCUAAGGGUUUUGAGCGGUUUGCGCUGUGAUUCUGGAAUGCUGCCUAUCACCAAUGAGGAGAUGAGCAGGAUUAAAAGAAGUGUUCGAAGUCUUCUGUGGGGCCACCCUUCAAAUGAGUUUGAUGACACGAGAAUUGAGUUGACAAGGCCUGGGUUCGGAGUGAUUUUGCAGGUUGACCCAAAGGGAUGGAUUCAGAAAUUAGUGGAUGCCUUGGGAGAAGAGAGAGCACUGACCCGAACACGUGAAGAGAGCUUCCACAUGACGAUGUUUCAGGUACAUAUCAUGAUUCAGAAGGAUACCUACGACUCUAGCACUCUUCCUCAUAACAUAUUCCCCGUGUUCAAUGAUUACAUUAGCAAAGAGUUAAACAAAAUGAUUUCUUCUAUAAAAGAUGUCACGGGGUGCUUUAGGGUCAAGAGCUGUGGAGAAGUGAUAGUCCUAGGCAGAAACUACCCGUCACAUUUAGCAGCCAGAGUGGAUCUCGAGACUAUUGAUGAUUCAAUGGAGGAUGUAAAGAAGAAACUGAAUGGGUUAGGAUAUGAAUGGAUCAAGGAGUUUGCAAGGGCAUUGAAAGAAGAGAAGGGCUUGGAAGGAGAGGUUGCCUCCUGUGAAUCAGGGGUGGGUGUUUUGACGGAUGGAUGGAGAUUUAGUAUUGGGUAUACAUCGAACAGAGACUACAAAACACACAUAUCGCUUGGGAUGCUGAAGUCUGGAAAUUGUAAAUAUGACGAGUUAUCUCUAUGGGCUAGUGAGGAUCCCGAAAGAGAGAUUGAUAUGGACUUUGGAGAAGGAGGAGGAAAAGACGACACAAACAGUAAGGCUGAAGAGCUCUGCAGAGCGAAUGAAAAGAUCGGAGGUAUACUGUUGAGGAGCCUACAGCCUGAAGAUCUCUGCGGCUAUCUAGAGCUCAAGAAGCAAGUUGAGAGGGCUAGGAAAGGAGAGAGGCCUGAGAUGAACAGCAGGGUUCUGAAGGAAUGGAGUGCAUAUUUAGUUUCUUCAAGACUUGGCGAUAUUCAAGAGAAUGCAAGGAAGACGAAGGGCGAGGAGGUGAGAUUGAUUAGGCUCAAGUACAGCACAAUCAACAUGAACCGUAUUCAGAACUAUGAGCCUUAUGGAGUCUUUUCCAGAUCUACACGAGAAAAAGCUGAGAAAGAUGAGGUGAAUGAUGGAAGCGGUGUAGGCAGAAGAGAUAAUUGA